CCCUUUAAACAGAGUACCAAUUUACAACUCGCAGAAUGAAUAACCAUUGCUGGUAAGACCAAGGAGACUCUCUCUCUCCACCGCCGCCUCCGCCUCCGCCUCCGCCAUCACCACGUUGCCCUGGUUUCUUCCUUCCAAUAUCGACAAUGCCUGCACAAAAGCGUUCACACGAGGAGGUUCCUUCGGAGGAGGACGAGUCUCUGCAACGCAAUCAAAAUCAAAAUGAAAAUCACCACAAACACCCCCAAGAUGUGUGCGAAUCCUAUGGAAGCCCUUCAUCUGGUGGCGGAGACAACAACGAGUUUGUAGUUGUGAAAUUGUCAGAAAUACGCAAGGAAGUACAAUGCCCAAUUUGUUUAGGAAUUAUUCGGAAGACAAGAACCGUUAUGGAAUGUCUUCACCGUUUUUGCAGAGAGUGCAUUGACAAAUCUAUGCGAUUGGGGAAUAAUGAGUGUCCUGCUUGUCGUGCACAUUGUGCUAGUCGCCGUUCUCUGAGAGACGAUCCAAACUAUGAUGCGCUUAUUGCAGUUUUAUACCCAGAUAUUGAUAAGUAUGAAGAGCAGGAAUGGGCUUUGUAUGAAGAGGAGAAGGCUUGCAAUAAGCAGAUCCAAGCUUCUAUUGCACAAACUUUUCAACGACAAUCAGAAGCAUUGGGCAGGAAAAGGACAACAGCUAGAGUCACAGCAGCUGCAUUUGUAAAGAGGUCACAGGGCAAUUAUCGAAAUCUAAGGGGGAAGAGAAACCAUCGAGCUGCUGAGCUCCAAGGAUCCGACGACGACGACGACGACGACAUUAAUGGCAAUGAUGAAGGCAAGGAUUUAUCUUCUGCUGAUGAGUUCUGUACAGAUAUCAAACCAAAAAGAUGCAAGAGAUGGGGGGGAUCUCGGUUUUCUCAGCCCUCUUCAGCAGCAGCCAGUGCAGAUGGAGGGUGUGAUGAAAAUGACUUAGAAAUAAACAGAGAAUCAGUAGGCGCAUGUGCAGGGCUUGUUAGUAGCUCAGAAAGGCUUGCCUGGGGCAAAGGUGGGAUGCGGAGUCACACCAGGCACGGUGGCUCGAGUGGUGGCAAUGGAAAGAAUGCAAGGAACAGCCGCCUCUCUAAGUUGAUUGAUUUUCUCCAAAAUUCAGAGGAAAAUGAUGACAGGUUGGAUGUCCAUCUCAUGGUGGUUGACUUGAGUGAACAAAGAAUAUGCAAUUUACAGCAACCCUACCUGUGUUGCAGGCCAACCUUGUCAGUUAGACACCUAUGCAAAUAUGUGGCUCAUCAGAUCUUGUUGCACCCUGAAGAAUUGGAAAUGUGGAUUGUUAAAAAGCUACACUCCAAACUAAACUCUUCAUCCUCUACUAGUGUUGCAAUAGCUGAGUCCAGCUUCAUAGAUCUAUCCAAAGACGAGCUGCAAAUAUUGGAAGAGCACGAAACUUUGGCAGGAUUUCAAGUUAUCUGUGAUUUUAGUCGGGGCCAUCUGGUAAUCUCUCCCUUACCAACUUUACUUUGUUCAUGCACGAGAGAACACACAUAAAACUUGUGUGCUUCGAUAGGGUAAAUGGUAUGCAAUUUUUUGAUACAGUAACGACAAUUUGAAGUGAAGUUAUAACAAUUCGUGAUACAAUUACGUAAUUUUGUCGUGUGUUGCGCCCUUAUUUAUUUAUUUAUUAUUAUCGAACUGUUACUCAAUUUGAAAUAUAAUAUAAUCUAUUAUUGUUGAGUAACAUUUUGGCAUAACACACCAUAAAAUACUGAACUGUAUCACAAAUUGUGGUAACUUCGCUUUAAAAAUCACAAAUUGUUGUAAUUUUACUUUAGAAACCACAAAUUGUCGCAACUCUAUUAGAAAACUGUGUGAUAUUUACUACAAAGAUUGGUAAUGCCUUUAAGGAGUGCAUACCGUAACAUUUCCCACUUUGAUAUACAACGACUUGUGUGCAUAAUUUUCUGUUCCAGACUCUGCAACAAUCAAGCAGUGCUCUUUACUUUUGCA